CAGCCUUUAUGUACCCUUGUUCUCUCGACCCUCGCCUCUCGUCGAAGACGCGUGCGUCUGGAUAUUCCUGCCCAUUCCAUAACAUGGCCUCCGACCUGAAAGUAGUGUCGAUCCAGGAAGAUAGAUUUUCUGACGUGAUCGUUCACCUGAGAAAAAAUUUUUUCUCUGACGAGCCUCUCAACAAGGCAGUGAAACUUUGCAAACGUGGUGAACCUCACGCAGCCCUGGAGCGACACAGUUUGGCUACCCUCCAGCAGGGUUUCUCGCGGAUGGCUGUCACCGAUUCAGGGGUGAUCGCAGGAGUUGCUCUGAAUGGUACGGUAAAGAAAAGUGAACGAGAGAAGGCGGAAUCGCGUCUUCUGGAAACGGCCGACGAAAAAUUCAAAGCAAUUUUUACGUUACUUUACGGUGUAAAUGAGAAGGUUGAUUUAUUUUCAACCUACAAUACCGAAGAGCUUUUUGAAUGUCGAAUUUUAAGUGUCGACGAAAACUUCAGAGGUAGAGGCUUGGCAUCUACCUUGAUGACUGAUAGUAUGGAAACAGCAAAGCAAGCCGGAUUUAAGUACGACUCUUUUUAUAGGUAUUCAAAGCUGACGCGACUGGUGUAUACUCCCAGAAAAUCUGUGAAAAUUUUGGAUUUAAAACUGUGGCAGAAAUUCCGUACAGCGAAGUAGAUGAAAAUAUUAGACCGCCACCACCACACGAAGCUUUAAAGUUGAUGGUAAAAAUUUUGGAAUAAGCGUACAUGAUUAUACAUAUUGUAUUCAGACCAACGCACAGAAGAUGAAAUGAUAUAUGUUUAAAAAUGAACAUAUAUACUAUACAUAUAGGUAGAUAUGGUAUUCAUGUAUACAUAUAUGUAUACGUUUCGUUUUUUUGAACGUGACAAUAAAAGCUUUCUUAUAUUUAAUCGUAUAAAUACGUGAAACAAAAUACUGACAGAAAUGAAAAGUUAAUCUGGAAUUUCUAUUAUUGUUAAAUACGAAAAUACCAUUUACCAUAUAUUAUAUACAUGUAUAGAUAUUGUUCAUGUGACUGUGUUUUAAAGGAACUUUCGUUAAUAGAUGGUAUACCAUGAAUGUUUUGAAAGUACAUAUACAUAUAUAUAUACAAAUACGUUUGUGUGUAUUACACAAUUAUACUGUUACAAACAUGUUUAGAAAGAAGAAAAGAAAAUUGUUGUAUGACUUGUCGUGAAGUAUAGCAAAAAAGACUAACGUUAAAUAAGUGUUGACGUUUUUUUUAAAUAUGUGACAAUGAUGCUACACACUGAUGAAAGUCUAAAGUAAAUAAUUUGUCACCUGAGUACAUUGGUGCCAUUAUAUACAUAAAUAAGUUCAAGCGGAAUUCAAAAAUUUCACUGCAAGUAAUAUAGGGUGUUGGUAAAAUACCAAAAAACGGAAGCUCAUGAUUGAGAUUGCAAAAAUAUUGAACCUGCCGCCAACAGGCUAUCGUAUUGUAUUGAUAUUGUUUUAGAGAGUUUGUAGCACAGAUUUACCUCAUAAAAUUUAUUGUUCAGAAACGGGUCCACAUACCUGCGGGAUGAUGUUACUAAAGUAUAAAUAUGAUUGAAUAAUAUUUUCGUUGUUCAGAAGUAUUCGAAAAGAAAGAACAACAAAAACUGAUACAAAUGAUAUUACAUAUACAUGUUAUUUUUUAAGGGUGUCAACAGAAUAAAUCCUCAAUUUUACUAUAA